UUCCGUUCGGCCGGCUGUUCCCCACCACGGCGAGCGCGAGCUGCGCUGCCGGUGUCCCACGCGGUGACUGGGACUCGGCGAGGCAGCGGUCCCGGCGUCCACAUCGCGCGCGGCGAGGCAAGCGCCAAGCGAGGCGUCGGCCAGCCCGCUGGUCCAGCUGUUGCUGGAUUGCUGCUCGAGCUUGGCGAGGCCAGCCCGCAGUCCGCCACCCGCUCGUUCAGCCGGUUCCUCUCACCGCGCUGCCACCGAUGGCGACGAACCUGGGCGUCUUCUGCCGUGCUCCCCGACCCUCGCCCGCGUCAACGGCCGCCGCCCCCUCGCAGUCCCUCUCUCCCUCCUCCGCCUCCGUACACAUUCCCCAUUCGACCCAGCGCGGCCGCCUCGCCGCAGCUCCACCACUGCCACGUUGUGUAGCUAGUCCAACCAUUGCUAAUGUGAAAGACCAAACUGAGGCUGAAGUUGCAAUGGGGUACACAAUGACUGAAAUCUGCGACAAAUUCAUUGAGUUCUUCAUGUAUAUGAAACCAGAAACAAAGGACUGGAGAAAAUUAUUGGUGUUUAGAGAGGAGUGGCAAAGGUAUAGAGGGCACUUCUACAAGCGUUGUCAAGUGCGCAUACAUAUUGAGGCUGAUCCCUCAUUGAAACAAAAGUUGGUUGUACUUGCUAGAAAAGUUAAAAAGAUAGAUGAUGAAAUAGAGAAGUACAUGGAACUCUUCACUGAGCUCAGAGAGAACCCUGCUGAUAUUAAUGCCAUUGUUGCAAGACGACGGAAGGAUUUCACUGGGGACUUCUUCCGCCAUCUUAAUUUCCUUGUGAAUGCUUAUAAUGGCCUUGAUGAGCGAGAUGGAAUAGUCAGGCUUGGGGCUAAAUGCCUGUCUGCAAUUCAUGCAUAUGAUUGCACACUGGAACAGUUGGAUAUUGAAUCUGCUCAGUUGAAGUUUGAUGAUAUACUGAAUUCCUCUUCACUAGAUGGUGCUUGUGACAAGAUCAAAAGCUUAGCCAAGGCUAAAGAACUUGAUUCAUCUCUAAUUCUUCUCAUUAACAGAGCUUGGGCUGCUGCAAAAGAAUCUACAACUAUGAAUGAUAAGGUCAAGGACAUAAUGUAUCAUAUUUAUACAACUACAAAAGAAAGCCUCAAGAGCAUCUCACCUCCGGAGAUGAAGCUGCUGAAGUAUUUGCUGAAUAUUGAAGAGCCUGAAGAGAGAUUUGGUGCUCUUGCAACUGCUUUCUCUCCCGGAGAUGGGCGUGAAGCUAAGGAUGAAGAUGCUCUAUACACGACUCCCAGCGAACUCCACAAAUGGAUCAAAAUGCUUCUCGACUCAUACCAUCUCAACAAGGAGGAGACGGAUUUUAUGGAUGCGAGAAAGAUGAGCGACCCGGUGAUCAUCCAAAGGCUAACCUUGCUGAAGGAGAUGAUCGAGGAAGAAUACAUGAAGCGGUAUAUACAUCCUGAGGAGGAAGAAGAACCCAUGGACGACAGCUAGCACCAGAAUGCUCUGAGCGAAGCGAGCCUGUAUGUGUAACGCCGACUCGGAACAAACGGUGAAGAUUUAGAAGGGACAUUCUAAUCGCUGCCAACGUUGACGAUCCAUAUAAGUAGUAGAUAGCCGAUGCCCUGCUCCUUUUUUUUACGAGGCGAUGGAUGGUAAAUUUGUAGCAUGGCAAUGGCAUCAUCAGGAAUGGUACUUUCUGUUACAUGUGUAAAGCUCAGGAUUUGUUUUGUUCUUAGGUUCGCAAUUUUAAAGAUGACACGUU